AUGCUUGUGAACUUGGACAUGCCAUGGUUUAUCCUUGGUCACUCUGAAAGGAGGGCACUCCUCAAUGAAUCAAACGAGUUCUUCGGAGACAAGGUUGCCUAUGCACUUGCUCAGGGUUUGAAAGUGAUUGCUUGUGUUGGUGAGACUCUUGAGCAGCGAGAGGCUGGGUCGACCAUGGAUGUUGUGGCUGCCCAGACUAAAGCUAUUGCUGAAAUGGAUUUUGGUCCGAGCGAAACUUCGGAGGCAGGAGACUUACCGGUGGAUUAUGUGGUCGGUUUAGAUGAAGCGGCUUAUAUCGUAGGAGAAUCAACGGGAAUGGAACAAAACCAUGAAGAAGAGAUUAAAUAG